AUGGCAGCAGCAGCCGUUGCCUCCAGUUCCACCCCGCGGCCGCUCCGCUUGGCGCAGCACGGGGCGCUCGCGCCCCACCACGUCAGCGCUCCGCCGCCCUGCACCCGUUCCCGCAGGCCGCGGCUCGCCGUCUCGGCCUCGGCCGGGGUGGAGGCGGAGACCAGCGGGCCCGGGCGGUUCUACUUCAACUUCACCGGGUUCCCCUUCCCGCUCGGCCCGUUCCUCAACCGCCGCACCAUCCGCACCGAGGCGGUGAAGGGCAGCAUAUGGCUGUUCGAGCAGGAGCAGGCGCUGGGCUUCAGCAGCGUCUCCACCAACAUCCGCAUGACCGUCAUCAAGCUCAAGUCCGGCGGGCUCUGGGUGCACGCGCCCAUCGCGCCCACCAAGGAGUGCAUCCAGCUGCUCAAGGAGCUGGACGCGCCGGUGGAGCACAUCGUGCUGCCGACCUUCGCGUACGAGCACAAAAUCUUCGUCGGGCCCUUCUCCCGGAAGUUCCCCAAGGCUCAGAUAUGGGUGGCGCCCAGGCAGUGGAGCUGGCCAAUCAACCUGCCGCUCGAGUUCUUCGGGAUCUUCCGGGCCAAGCCUCUCAAAGAUGAGGAUGACGCCACACCCUGGGCCGCCGAAAUCGAGCAGAAGGUGCUCAGCUCACCGGAAGUUGGGAUUGGGCCAUAUGUGGAGGUGGCGUUCUACCAUAAGCCUUCAAGGACACUACUGGUGACCGAUGCUGUCAUCUUUGUUCCUCAACAGCCACCGGAGUGUAUCAGCAAAGAAUCUCUGUUGGCAUCUGCAAAGAAUGGACUGGCAGUGAAGCUAUUGAGCAAAGGGAAGGAGGUUCCCGACGAACCAGUUGUUGACAAUAAACUAAACCGUCAGAAAGGGUGGGAGAGAAUGGUGCUUCAAAUACUAUUUCUUGGUCCGUCAAAUCUGCUUGAGCCAAAUGCAAGUUUUGCUCAAAUGUCGCAAAAAUUGAUUGUCUCACCAAUUGUCAAGACGCUUGUUUUCAGCAAAGUUCCGGAGAAGGUGAGGGACUGGGUUGACAGGAUUGCGGCGGACUGGCGAUUCCGACGGAUAAUCCCUUGCCACUUUGCAGCCCCGAUCAACGCGAGCCGGUCAGACUUUCUGGCCGCCUUUGCCUUCCUCGACGAGUUCCUCCCCGAGCGCACUGCCAGAGCGCCCAGUCUCUCACUGCUCUUCGCCUCCUUCAUGGGGAAGGCAGCUAGCUACUUCCCUCCGGACGACAUGAAGACACUCUCGUCUCUGGACGAGUUCUUGGUCUCUGUUGGCGCUGUCAAGAAAACCGUCUCUGGGAGGAAGAGGUGA